CAACUCUCCCCAUUGAGCUUGUUCUCGCGUUAGCUUCGUGCUUCCACCGGCGGCGACACUCAGAGAGGAGAUGGCGGCCAGAGGGGGGUUUCAAUCUGCUCCGACGGGUGGUGGCGGUGGAGCAAUGGGCCCUGGACCGCCAGCAACCGGUGCAGGACCAGGUAUGGGCCCCGGUACUCCCUCUGGAAGAAUGGGGCCUUCGUCAGCCGCGCAGAACCACAUGUACCGCUCUCCGAUGCCCGGGCCUGGGUAUCCGAGACCCGGUAUGCCUCCAUCUAGCCGCAUGACACCACAGGGGCCAGCAAUGGGGCCACGGUACGGCGGGAGCCCCGUGUCUCGUCCUGGGAUGCCCGGGGUGAUGGACCCUUCCAGAAAAAGGCCGGCCCCCCAGCAGAUUCAGCAAGUUCAGCAGCAGAAUCGCAACCAGCACACAAAGAAGAAGAAGAUGGCUGAUAAAAUUCUACCUCAGAGGAUCAGGGAACUGGUCCCAGAGUCUCAGGCUUACAUGGAUCUGCUGGCGUUUGAGAGGAAGCUGGAUCAGACCAUUAUGCGUAAGAGGCUGGACAUUCAGGAGGCCCUCAAGAGACCCAUUAAGAUUUUUGAGACCCAGCGGAUGAAGUUUUCUGAAAUCCCUCAGCGAUUGCACGCACUGCUGAUGCCUCCAGAACCAAUCAUCAUUAACCACGUGAUCAGCGUGGACCCCAAUGACCAGAAAAAGACUGCUUGCUAUGACAUUGAUGUGGAGGUGGAUGACACCCUGAAAACACAGAUGAACUCCUUCCUGCUCUCCACUGCUAGUCAGCAGGAAAUAGCAGGAUUGGAUAACAAGAUCCAUGAAACAAUCGAGACCAUCAACCAACUGAAAACCCAACGGGAGUUCAUGUUGAGUUUUGCCAGAGACCCUCAGGGCUUCAUCAACGACUGGCUUCAGUCUCAGUGCCGAGACUUCAAGACGAUGACUGAUGUGGUGGGAAACCCAGAAGAGGAGCGAAGAGCAGAGUUUUACUACCAACCGUGGGCUCAGGAGGCUGUCUGCCGCUACUUCUACUCCAAAGUACAGCAGAGGCGACAGGAGUUGGAGCAGGCGCUCGGCAUCAGGAACACCUGAAGGAGCUUUUCCACAUGAAGGUGGAACGAGUUCUGAUGCUGGAGAUGACCUCUGUGUGUGUGUGUGGGAUGUUCAAACUGAAGUCCUCACAGUUUUCAGACAGUAGAGACGUUAACCCUAGAUAGAUGACUUUACUGUUAAAAACUUUAUUUCUCCAUGUUCAUUUUAGCAGCAGCUUCAGAUUAGAGCUUAAGGUUUUCCUUUGUCAGCCACACCUCUACGCACCAGUUUGUUUUUACUUGGAUGCAUUCCUUUUAUUUUCAUCCACUUUCUGCACAAAUUGUUCCCAAAUGAAAAGCAGAGGGCAGAUUGUAUCAGGACACUUUAAAUGGGAUGUUUGUGAAGUAAGAAUUUUGAGCUCUUUGUUAAAAUUUAAUGGAAUAAAACAACAUUUAAUCCUCCUGACGGGCAUCUAAAUGCUUUCCCGUGAGGUAAAUAUUGUGAUUGUGACCAGCCGAGCUUAUUUUACUGCAUAUUGGCUGUUCAUUGGUCACUUUGUGUUCAGUUGUUAGUUUUGGCAGAGUCAUGGUCUUUACGAGAGGCAUUUUGAAGCUCAGUGAAACAGUAGAACAUGCAUAUUUGUGGCAAAGCGGUUAUAUUUGUUCAUGUUGCCUUUUUGCUAUGAUGUCAUUUAUAAUUUUCUUUUCUUACUCUUAGUGAGCUUUGUUUUAUAAGUAUGUGUUAUCCAUACUUGUCUUGUUAGCUAGUACAGGUAUAAUGAAAGUAGCUAGUAUGGGUACCUCUAGUCUAUACAGUUGUGUAAAUACUCGGCAAAAACACCACUUCAGAUGGCUGUGAAGUUAAAACGUUUCUCUAAAAGUGGCUGAUCUUUUUUUUAAGUGUUUGCUUAAAUAGUUGAAACAGUAUUUAUUUUUGUCAGCCCUCGCUCUCUCUCGUACAGCGAUUUGGCUCUUUACGGCCUGGAUUUGUUCAUCAAAUUUAAGGUGGCGCCCCAGUGUGCAGCAACAUGCCAUCAGGUUUGCCCCACUUUAAAGUGAAAUAGUUCAACUCCUGCAUUUUCAGUUUUGCGUAUUUAAACGAGUGACAGAGCAGAUUUAGAGCAUUUCCAGGUCAAAUCGUCACUCCUGUCGUGUGUGUGGGGUGGGGGGGGGGGGGGGGGUGAUGAUGUAUAAAUUCCAAGAAUACACUACAGUGGGUUUGCAGAGGAGCAAGAGCUGAAGUGAUUGGAACCUCAACCUUGAUGGACUGUUGAAUUAUGUUAAUCUGGAGACCUUUUUUCACGGACCAAACCUUUUUUCUGUAUGUUUUUAUGUUAGAAUAAAGGAUAUGUUAAAUAAAUGUCCGUCUUUCCAUCA